AUGCUUUAAUUAUCAAUGUAGAUAAGAAAUAGCAAAGUGGAAACAAGAAAAUCAUAUCAAUAGAAAAAGUUUUAAUUAAAAAGUAGUACAAUAAAGAAAAUUUUAUUUUUGCUUUAUUUUGUUGGAAUAUUUUAACUUGAAAACAAAUAAAUUAUUGUGGACUUAAUGAAUAUUAGUUUAUUAAUGAUUUAAAUAUGGAGACAUAAUACUAAGAUAUAAAUAUCAAAUAUAGAUCGUUUUGAUUUGACCAUAUGUUUUUGUGCUUUAAUUUCUAGAUAAACCAUACCAUAAUUACAAAGUAUAAUAUUAUCUUUAUGCUUUUUUUCAUUCAAAAACAAUCUUUCCACAAUUCUAAAAAGUGUAAAAUUACUUAAAAAAAUAAAGAAUUUAUCAAUAACCAUUAUUUUUAUAAUUUUACUCACAUCAUAUCUAUUUACUUAUUUAUAUCAUUCAUAUGAACAAACAUAUGGAUUAUUUGGAACUUUUAGUAACACAUGCAUUACUAUGUUAGAGAUAUUGACUUUAGAUGUAUUUUUAAUAUGAAAUAAAUCUAGUCUUGGGGUUCACGAGGAAGAAUAUUAGAAUAAUAGGUAGGAUAUACAGGAAUUCCAUCAAUAAUCAUAUGUGCUUAUGUAUUUUUGAUGAAUUACUUUUAUAUGAAUAUUUUAAUUGGACUUAUAUUGGAGACACUAUAAUUAGAAUAGAAUUAAUAAUUAGUUUAAGUGAAUUUUUUAGAUGAACAUGAAAUGAAAGAGUAAAAAAUAAAUAAAAAACUUUCAGAUAAUACUCAUAUAUGUAAUUUGAUGUUAGGAUAAUUUUAUUAAUAAAUUGUUAUGGUAUUUAGCAUAGUAAGUGUGAUAUUUAAUAUUUAUAAUAAUUUUAUGAUUGUGGAUAAUAUGGGUAAAUUGUUUGAUGCUCUAGAUGAUAUUUUAUAUUCUAUUCAUUUUAUAUUUUUAUUGUUUCUAGAUGUAUCUUUAAAUAAUUAUCAUAAAAGAAACCAAGAAUAUAGUAUGAGAGAUCAAAGUGGGAAAGAAUGCUUCUCCAUUUUAUAGCAGGGCCAUUAGCAUUAUUUUUAUCUCAUGAUUUAGCUUGUCUUUGUAAUCUAUGUAAAUUAGCAACUACACCUAUUGUAAGAGGAAUAUUUUCAGGAACAAUAUCAAUAUUUCCUAUUUUAUUUCCAAUUAUAACAGUAUUGUUAGCUAUAAUUCUAUUGAUGGCAGUUUAUACAAGUAGAUUCUAUAGUUCAUUUAUUGGUUUUAAAGGAGAAACUUAUUAUACAACUUUAUAAUAAGCAUUUUACACUUUUGUAUAAUUACUCACUUUGGAUGGUAAUCAUAUAAGAUAUUUUUAGAUUGGGAUGCAAAUGUCUUACCAGUAUUUGAAUCAUAAUAAAUAAUUAUGCCAUACAUUCUAUUUCCAUGUUUUAUCAUAAUAUCAAAUGUGAUAUUACUCAAUAUAUUAAUAGCAUGUAGUUGUAAAUACUUUAAAGAAAUUGAUUAUUCUAUUAAUUGUUAAAGUUUAAAUGAAGCUCAUCCUGAUAAUUUAUUAGUUAAAUUAAAUAAAGUUGCAGAAUUAUAAAUUCCUAUCAUCAAUUGCAAUACACCAAAUACAAUUUAAGAAAGUCAUAUAUCUUAAAGAGAAGGACUUGUCUAAAUUUGUUAUAAUAAUAAAAUAAUCAAUGCUUUAUUGGUUAAAUGA